AAAGGGACGGGGAAAAAGCCCUACGCUUCCAAAAUCCCACUGCGUAUUGCUCCUUUCCUCUCUCGUCCCCUUUUCCCUCUCUCUGCUUCUUCUUCUUCACGUCGUCGUCGUCGUCUUCGCUCCUAUUUGGAUCAUGAUUUGAUAAAUCCACAGAGAAGCAGUUGCUUUGAAUCUCAUCUUCUCGUGCCGUCCUGUUGCUUUCGUCGUGAUACAUAAACUCACGUAUUCGUAUACAUACGUAUAUACGUACUUUCAGGCUCUGGGUCUUGUCCCAGAUUUGAUUCGGGCAAAGCAGAGGCGAAGAGAUAGAGACGUUUGAAGAAGAUGGUCGGCGGCGGGACUAGGGUUUCGAUUCCGGCGAGUGCGAAGAAGAUGAUCCAGAGCAUCAAGGAGAUCACGGCUGGGAACUACAGCGAGGAGGAGAUUCUCGCAAUGCUCCAUGAAUGCGACAUGGAUCCUGACGAGACCGCUCAGCGCCUCCUCCUCCAGGACCCUUUUCAUGAGGUUAAGAGGAAGCGUGACAAGAGAAAAGAGAUCCUUAGCAACAAGGAUUAUGUGGACCCUCAAUGGAGAUCUAGCGGCCAGGGCCGUGGGAACAGGGGUGGCCGAGUUAAUUUCUCUUCUCGCCAUACGACCCAUGAUGGUGGCAGCUUAAAGAAUUCUUUCAAAAAGGAAAAUGGUUCGAAGCAAGUCACUGAUCCAUCCACAUCAGCCUCUCAGGAGACAAAAAACAAAGAGGAUACUUCUAGUUCUAGUUUUCCAGCUAUUUUGGACAAUGGUUCAACUGGUUUACCCUCCGAUGUUCUAAAUGCCUCCAACCCUCCAGCUAGUUUGGGACAACCUAAAGUUAUGGGAUCUUCUGUCUCGGCAAACAAACUGGAUGAUGCACCACCUUCUGUUGAAUUGACCAAAAAUCCAGGUCCUAUACUUGGGAGUGAACAAACAGCUCAAGAACAGCACACUGGAGAAAAUAAGUACUCGAGGAGAUCCCGUGGGGCAGGGAAGACUGCUCUUUCCGAUUCCCAUUACUCCAGGCCUACAUCAGCUCAUAGCAACAGCACUGGCAGUCGGCCUUCUUCCAAUUACAGUAAUCGGUCGCAGCAGCCAAUUGGACAUCAAAGAGCUGGCUCUGUCAAGGAAUGGAAACCAAAGCCAGUGAACCUUCACCCUGUCCAGGGUUCUGGGGCAUCAUCUACAUCAGAUAGUUCCGCAGUUCCAGCUGAGCCCAUCGAGAAAGUAUCUGUUAAAGAAGUUCUUCCUUCGGCAGAGACAACAUCAAAACUACAGAAGCAGCUUGAAGGCUUGCACAUGCAACAACGUCAGCAUGUUAUCAUUCCCAAUCAUAUUCUCGUUCCAGAGGCUGAACGAACCAAGCUAAGCUUCGGAAGCUUUGACGCUGGCUUUUCUUUAUUAUCAAACACAGUACCUGGUCCAGAGAAUGAAAAGAGCUCAACCCCUCUCUCUGAGAUUUCGCAUGAUGCUGAAGGAAGUCUCGAAGAGGAUACAUUCAGCAACCAGAAUGCAUCAGCGACGGAAAAGGAAGGGGAUAGUCAAGAUGAUUUGGCUGGUGAUGGUGUUAUCUCAGCGGAUUCUGGAGCAGAACACAAUGAUUCCAAUCAAGAGAGUACUUUGGAGUCUGAGAACAAUCAGAACUCAUCUGACAAUUUUGGUAUUGGUGUUCUUCCUCCAGCACUUGGGAGCCAUCUUCCGCAGUUUGAGCACACUGACCCUCAAGCACGCGAUGCUUUCUCUGUUCCAAGCUUUGUGGUCCAACAACCAUUUGAUCCAGCUAGUUACUAUGCUCAGUUCUAUCGUUCAAGCUCAGACCGCGAUGGACGUGUUUCUCCUUUUGUUUCCCCAGGGGUAACCACCAAAUUCAAUGGCAAUGUUACAGUAUUGCCUCCACAUUCAUCUCAAUCUCUGCAAGAGGGUGGAAACAACUUAGUUAUGUCCACUGCUAGUCAAACUCCACUUGUAACUCAAGCUGCCGGGCUGAUGCAGAACUCCAUACCUGUCGCUCAGCAACCUCUCCCGGUUUUCCGUCCUCCUAGCAUGCAUAUGUCGCACUAUCCUCAGAACUACCUGCCGUAUGGACACUACUUCUCUCCAUUCUAUGUCCCGCCGCCAGCUGUCCCCCAGUUCUUAAGCAAUGGUGCAUUUGGGCAGCAACCUCAAGCAAGCGGUGUAUAUCCGGCUCCACCCCCUGGAGCUUCAAAUUCAAUGGGAGGCAAGUACUCGCUUCCACAAUACAAGACUGGGACUAAUGCAGGAAGUAUGCACAGUGGUUAUGGACCAUAUGGCUCCUUCCCAGCUGGUUAUGCUCCCAGUUCUGCUGCGUCAGCUGGGCACUCAACUGCUAAUGAGGAUCAUAAUACAUCUCAGUUGAAGGAUACCAAUGGCUACACCACGGGACAGCAGCAGAGUGACGUUUUGCCUGUGUGGAUCACGGGUGGUCGCGAUGUGUCUAACCUGCCAGCAAACGCUUUCUACAAUCUACAGCAGCACCAGGGCCAGCACAUGACUUAUGCACCGACACAAGCUGGUCAUGUCACCUUUCCCGGUAUGUAUCACCACCCUGCACAGGCGCUCUUGCAGCAGUCUCAGGCAGUGGCCGGACCUGAUGUGGUGGCACAGGUGGGGGCGAAUGUGUUCCAACAGCCUCAGCAGACCCAGAUGAACUGGUCAAGUAAUUACUGACACAACAGAGGAGUGAAGGGUGAAUGCUUAUGAAUGAGACAGGUUUUCAAAAUCCAAAUCUUGUGGAUUGUUUUUGGGGGGAAGUUCCAAAAUCUGGAUGAGGAGCUGGGGGAGAAGGGUUGAGUUCUGUGUGUGUGCCUUUUAACAAACUAUAGAGGAAGUGUGGCCCCGUGGUCGUGGAUCGAAGAAGAAGGUAUCGGAUGAGAAGAAGAAGAAGAAGAAGAAGAAGAAGAAGAAGGGCACGAACAAAAAGCAACAGACGACCACCAAAAAAAAAAAAAGCUUAGGGAAGGUACCAUUCGUGUCCUAUCUAUUCGAUAUUUUUGUACUUUUCAUAGUCUCGGAACAAAACAAGAACUCUUUCGGACAAAUAUGGGUGUUGGAUUCUUUGGCUAUUGGGGGAUUUUGUUUUGUUUUUUUUUUCUCUCGUAGGGUAAGUUAUAUAUAUAUAUAUAUGUGUGUGUGUGAGAAGAAAUUUCUGAUUCGCCCAUCUUUUUGUUUU